AUGUCCUUUGACAAUAGCACCGGGUCCCUGUCAUUGCACUCUGUGACUGUUGCUGAAUCUGGAGAGUAUCAAAUACAGAGCCUUAAUCCCCGAUUUCUGGCCAGAACCACCCUCACUGUUUUGGAACCAGUCUCUAAUGUGUCAGUGAGAGCCAAUGCUACUGACCUGGUGGAGUUCAAUGAUACAGUCAGUGUAAAAUGCUUUGCCAGUGGCUCCUCCCUCACUUUCCAGUGGCUCAAUGGCUCCUCUCACAUCACAGUCAGUGAACGAGUUCAUCUGAGUGACAGCAAUCAAACUCUGACCAUUUCCAACAUACUGAGAUCAGACAAGGGUCCUUUCUAUUGCGUGGUGUCCAAUCUAAUCAAUAAUAUAACAAAUGGUCCAGAUGAUGUUAAGCUGAUUGUCAAGAAUUCAAAGACAGACAUUUUUGAGCCUGGUGCAAACCUCAUCCUUUUAUGCUCAGCUAUUUCAAGCCCCCCCGCGCAGUUCCAGUGGGAUUUUAAUGGGGCGAGACGGGACAAAGUGGGAUCGGAACUCAAGCUGGACAAUGUACAUCACAGUCUCGCUACUGUGGAGGUGAAGCCUUCCAUGAACCCCAUCUCCGUGGGACAAAAUGUGACUUUCAGAGUUUUCCCUGAGAUGUCUAUUCCGGUGGGUGUCUGGUCUCACGAAUCCAGUGUCUUCCUGCUGUGCAAUGACAUCACAGUCAAUGAACGAGUUCAGCUGAGUGAUGAAAACCGCACUCUUACCAUAUCUACGGUUCUGAGGUCUGACAAGGGUCCACUGUACUGCGUGGUAUCCAAUGGCGUCAGCAAUGGGACGAGUCCGCCAAUCGUCCUUGACAUCAGAUAUGGCCCAAGUAACAUCUCACUGACUGUAAGCCCUCAUGUAGCAGCCCACAGGGCUGGAUCUGAUCUCACUCUGUCCUGUUCCUCUGAGUCAAACCCCCCUGCACUCUAUCAGUGGGCCUUCGACGAGACAACGCUACACCAGAAGGGCUCGCAACUUUUACUUGCAAAUGUUCACCAAAAUCAGACUGGAAAUUAUACCUGCUGGGCCUACAAUAAUGUUACACUCAGAUAUGACACUGCAACGACAUGGGCAAUCAUCAUAGACCCUGUAUCAAAGGUCAAAAUUGAUGCGACAGGACAACAUCCAAUAGUGAAUGAGAAUUUUACACUGAGCUGCGGUGUGUCAGGACCAGUCGAUUUUAUUCAGUGGCUGAAGGAUGGAUGGCCAUUGUCAUUGAACAACACAACAGCCUUGUCAGGGGACAACAGUUCACUUUCCUUCAGUCCAGUGCAACUGACUGACAACGGAAACUAUGAGUGUGAGGCCAGCAACGCCGUGAGCAACCAAAGCAGCCCUGCAUACAAGCUGUUGGUCAGCUUUGGACCAGAGCAGCCAGUCAUCACUGGACCAGCCAUAGCACAAGCAGGAUCAGUGAUCACCUUCAACUGCACGGCCUCCUCUCAGCCUCCCAGCCAGUACAGCUGGUUCUUCAAUGACACACAGGUUGCACAGGGAUCUGUGUUUAAAUCCGACACUCUGACCCUGGCCAGCAAUGGGACGUACACCUGUGUGGCCUUCAACUCUGUCACUGGGAAGAACAGUUCUGCAGUGAAGGAGCUUGCUGUCACAGGUUCCAUCACUGGUUCUGCUACCACUGUUGAAUGGCUGAAAGAUGGACACCCCCUCCGACCGAAUGACACAGUAACGUUCAAAGUGGACAACAGCUCGGUGUACUUCAGUCCCGUCCAGAUUUCUGAUGAGGGCAACUACCGGUGUAUCGCUUCCGACACUUUCCAAAGUACAGCCAGCCCCAUUUACCAUCUCUUGGUGAACUAUGGGCCAGAGACACCUGUCAUCACAGGUAUCACCACCAUAAGAGAAGGGGACACGGUCACACUCACCUGUUCUGCCCCCUCCCAGCCUCCCAGCCAGUACUUCUGGACCUUCAACAAUGGCAUAAACUUCGUAGGCAUGAGCUCCAAGCUGACUAUACACUACGCAAAUGUCAGUAAUGCAGGCUGGUACACCUGUGCGGCACAGAAUUGGCUCCUCAAUACGACUUCCUCGACCAACAUCACCCUAAACGUCACUCGUGAGUGA